UCCACCUCCAAGGGUCGGUUUCUGCCUGCAGAUCCAACAUGGAGUAGCGGGAGAUGGGGCUCGUACGGGGCCAUCCUCACCGACCUCACCGAACAGUUUCAAAUCACCGCCAUCGACGCAGACCCCCGGGGGUAAAGCAUCCGACGCGUUUCACGGGGAUCAUCCCGCCGCAGCCGCUUCGAUCACCGCGGGGAGUAAGGAGCGGUGAAGCGUCGGGGAGAUAAGGACGACAACACCAGACACACUACAGCCAGGGGGAACUCGGUUGCCACGGCGUGCAACUACUGUGCUGCUCAAGGACAAGGGCAGGAAGACAUGACACUAUGGAUGAGCCUUGGGAUCUGUUCGUAGGGGAGAAGGGAAGAUGACCGAGGACACACACCCAGACGACGACAGCUACCUGGUGCGCGUGAAGGCGGUGGUGAUGACCCGGGACGACUCCAGCGGGGGCUGGCUGGCCCAGGACGGCUGCCUCAGCCGGGUGGGCGUGUGCAGGGUGCUGUCGGCAGAGCUCCUGGGACAGCGGGCCUUCUUUAUCCACGGGGAGCGCCUCAAAGACCAGCAGGUAAUCCUGGAGUGCUUCCUGAAGAAAGAGCUGGUCUACACCAAGGCCACGCCCACCUUCCACCACUGGAGGGUGGACAACAGGAAGUGCGGCCUGACCUUCCAGAGCCCGGCCGACGCCCGCGCCUUCGACCGCGGCGUGCGGAAGGCUGUCGAGGACCUGACAGAAGCAGGCUCCACAACCUCCUCCUCCACCCUGCAGAACGAGGCCGAGCUUGGGGACGAUGACGUCUUCACGAACGCCACAGACAGCUCCUCCUCCAGCUCCUCCCUGAAGAGGGUCCCCGUGCAGCUCUUCAGCGAGCCGCGCCGCCACCACCGCUGCCUGCUAGGACACCUGUACGACCAGAGGCCCUCAGACCACUACCUCCUGGACCAGUCGACCGCCAUGUUCCCGCGUCACGUCAGCUUCCAGAUCGACGAGGAGGAGAUUGUUCGCAUCAACCCCCGCGAGCGGGCGUGGCUGACGGGCUACGAGGACUACCGCCACGCCAUCUCCGGGGGCGGGGGCGACAAGCCGGCCCCGCCCACGGAGCCCGGCGACGCCUACGUGCACUUCGGCAAGAGCCCUCCGUCCAAACACGACUACACCACCCCCCCGUCCCCCUACCCGCUGACCUGUGACCGGCGGCCCCUGGCCCCGGACCCCAAGGCUGAACCCCCCACUUCCCGGGGGCAGCGGGACGCGGUGGUGAGCGCCCAGCCCCAGGGGGCGGGGGGGCGGCACGGGCAGAAGGAGGUGGCGGGGGAGGACGGGACGGGCGGCUUGAAGCGCGCCCCACGCUGCGUCUACUGCCACGACGUGUUCCUCCAGGAGGAGAACGGGCGGGGCCGCUGCCAAGAGGCCCCGGACCCCGUGCGGACGGGUAUCCGGCGGGUCAGCUUCAUGUGGUGCGCCGACAGCCUGCUGUACCACUGCCUGUCGGACCCCGAGGGCGAGCCCUACGCCGAGGAGCCCUGCUCCUGCGACUGGGCCGGAGACGAGCGCUUCUGCCUGCGCUGGAGCGCACUGGCCGGCCUGUCGCUUGUGGCGCCCUGCAUGUGCUGCUACGCCCCGCUGCGGGCCUGCUACCGCUGUGGUGUGGCCUGCCACUGCUGCGGCGGCCGGCACAAGGCCAUGGGCGGGUCCCAGUAGCAGGACAGAGGGCGGGGCCCAGUAGCAGGACAGAGGGCAGGGUUCAGCAGCAGGACAGAGGGCAGGGUUCAGCAGCAGGACAGAGGGCGGGGCCCAGUAGCAGGACAGAGGGCAGGGUUCAGCAGCAGGACAGAGGGCGGGGUUCAGCAGCAGGACAGAGGGCGGGGUUCAGCAGCAGGACAGAGGGCGGGGUUCAGCAGCAGGACAGAGGGCGGGGUUCAGCAGCAGGACAGAGGGCGGGGUUCAGCAGCAGGACAGAGGGCGGGGCCCAGUAGCAGGACAGAGGGCGGGGUUCAGCAGCAGGACAGAGGGCAGGCUUCAGCAGCAGGACAGAGGGUGGUCUUUUGGAGUGUGAGUGGCUACCUCGCUCGCAUUAUGUUCUUGUGUUGUGAUUGGUGUUUUGUUGUGGGCCAAAUGAUGUACUGUUUAUUAGAUUGAAACAGGGCCUACGUGAUGUGUGUUUGUUUGUGUGGGUCUGUGUUUGUGUGUCUGUAUGUGUGUGCAUGCGUGCAUCUUUGUGCAUGCAUCUUUUUACUUGUGCGUUUGUCUGUGUCCUUCUGUUUGUGAGUGUGUCUGUGUGCGUCUGUGUGUGCCUGCUUCUGUCUGUGCGUGGGUCUGUGUGUGUGUGUCAGUUUGUGUUUGCGUGCGUGUGUGUGCAUCUGUGUGCGUGCAUGCCUGGGUGUGUGUGUGUGUGUGUGCGCAUCCCUGUGUGUAUGUGUGCGUAAGUGCUCUAUUUGUGGACAUGCAACAACUCCAUAUAAAUAUUACAUUACAAAUUGACAUAGAUAUAUGAUAUAUAGAUGUAAAUAUUGAUACAUAUAUAUACAGUAUAUCGUUUGUGAGAGUGAGCGUACAUAUACAUAGAAUUAUAUGUAUGUAUACACAAAUAUAUGUCCAUAUAUAUACAUAUGUAUAUACAUGUAUAUAAAACAGGUACUUUAUAUUUUUGGUAAAAGCUUGAAUAUGUUAUUUUUCUUAGUAUAUGCUCUAUAUGAGCUAUGUUUGAAGGACUCUGGUGUCCCCACCUACCAAAAGCACUGCUAAAUCUGGAUGAAUAGAAACAUACAUAUUAACAUGUGCCAAUAAGGGGGGGAUGGUGCCUAUUCUUUAUUUGAUUUAUUCCUUCGGGGUUCUGUUGUGUUUGCUGCCGUGUGAUUCUGGAGCUACGGUCAAGCCUACGUUGGCGAAGGCUUUUCCACCAUGGACUUCUGCUACGUCACCAGCCACGCCCAGCGGGAACGGGCUGGAGAUUAUUGUGAACAAACCCAUACUGUUGAAUAUGCGAUGUUCUCUGUUCAUGCUCCAUCUGUGUCAUUAAAUUCCCUGGAGGUUGGUUUGUGUUAGGACCUCCACCUCCGAGGUUGGUUGUGUUAUGGCCUCCACCUCCGAGGUUGGUUGUGUUAUGGCCUCCACCUCCGAGGUUUGUUUGUGUUAUGACCUCCACCUCCGAGCGGUCAGCAGAAAGCAGAGCAUCAGCCUUUUGUUUUAAGACCAUGUGCGCGCGCGUCUGUGUGCGUGUGUGUGCGCACACACUUGUCAGAGAACAGCAUUUUGGCCAUGCUUGUAUCUAUUUAUGAGUUAAGCUGUAAUUGUAGAAAUAUCUUUAUAAAUAUUUGUCUACAAAAAUAUUUUCUUGAAUAUAUCCAAUAUCAUUUU